AUGUUCCGCAACGUGCAACACCGCGCCCGAGAAACGUUCGACCGAGCGCGCGAUUACUACGACUCGCUCUCCUCCACGUCCAAGCUCAUCUUUUGGACAUGGGUCGGCUUGCAUGUGUUCACGAUCGCGUUGGUGAUUUACUUGACGCCGGUGCAGUUGUUCGCUGUAAGUGCGAUCGACGGGGGCCAUGGGUGCGGUCCGUGAUUGGGUGGCGUGAUGGCCGAGACUUUGGAUGCGGCGGAGCUUAGGAGAGCGCCACGCAGGAAUUCGGACGUGUACACGAUCGUGAUCGGAACGAACUAAUCAUGCGUUCUCUCCAACAGUGGAUGGCGGACUGGGCCGAAACGCUGAGCGACAUGGGCCCCUCCGGACGCCUCGUCCUGCUCAGUCUCAUCAUCCUCACCUCCUUCCCUCCUCUCUUCGGCUACGGCACGACCAUCACCCUCUGCGGAUUCGCCUUCGGCACCUUCCAAGGUUGGAUCAUCGCCGCUCUGGGCUGCGUGAUCGGAGGCUGUUUGAGUUUCGUCGUGACGAGGAAGAUGAUCGGUAGUUAUGCACCCAUGUUGGCGAGGGAGCCCACGUUCGUCGCUUUGGGUAGGGCCGUGAGGGUCAAAGGCUUGGGGUUGUGCAUCCUCAUUAGGUUGUGUCCGUUUCCGUUUCCUUAUUCGAACGCAUUGUGAGUCCCUCGUUGACCGCCUUCGAAUUGGCUCAAGGGAAGAAGCCCACCCUUCACUGACUCUAAAAACGACCCCGACUUUUGUUCGUGAAACGAAAGCUUCGCUUCGAUCGAAACGGUGACCCUCUUCCAAUUCUUCCUCUCUACGCUCUGCAUCACGCCCAAACUUUUACUCCACGUGUGGAUCGGAUCGCGCAUGUUCCUCUUCGCCGAUCCGGAUUCUCGGAAUCGGAUGGACCCUCGGGCGAAAUUCGUGAAUCUGGUGUUCGUGGUGAUGGGGUCGGUGAUGGGGAUGUUGACGAGUUGGUAUUUGUAUCGAUUGACGAUGAGGUCCGUCGAAGUCGGAGGAGGGAGAGGGGUCGAAUUGGAGGAUGAGGAGGCGAUCUUGGGUAGGGGGGAACAUGAUGAGGAUGAUCCCGACGACGAUCAAGAUCAAGACGAGGAGGAGCAAGAUCGUCCUCGCUCCGGGGGACUGUUGCACGACGUGGACCAACUCUUGGCGGACCAAGACACCGAUCACGAUUCGAUGCCUCUGAAAGAGCGUACUACGAACCAGUUCGAUCAACAAAGGUCUUCGUUCGAGGGUCACGUUUAUGGGCAGAAAGGGUCGAUCAAGUUGGGGAGUGGCGGGCAAGACGGUUGGGAAGAGGCGAUGGCUGAUUUUGGGGAGGAGCACGAGGGGGAGGAGGAGCAUGGGCGAUGA